UAAACGUUCUCACUCCUGAGCAGAGUGUGUGAUUGUUUAGCUUCAAGUUUGGAAUCUUCAUCAGUCCAUUAUUACUACUGACUUCAGGUCACAGACAUGGCUGAGGUGAUUAAAAGCCUUAAUCUGCUGGAGAGUCUGAAAGAGUCGAUUGAGAAGAACAACAUUUCUGACAUAAAGGAUGCAGUUGAAGACAUGUUGAUAAGUCGUAUCAACAUUGCGGUGGUGGGGGAACGAGGAAGGGAGAAAGCAGCAUUCAUUAAUUCUCUCAGAGGACUCUGUGUUGGGGAUGGAGGAGCUGCUCUCUGUCCUUCUUCUGCGGCUCCAGACGAACUGGCUGUGUUCCCGAAUCCAAAGCAUCCAGAUUUCCGUCUAUGGGAUUUGCCUGCAAUUCCUAGCGACCCUGCUUUUGACCCUGAGAAUUACGUGGAGCGAUAUAAAGUAAUACGUUAUAAUUCUGUUAUCAUGACCUUCACAGAAAACCCCAGUUCAAAUAUGGUUGCUUUCUGGAGAGAGGCACGGUCACUGCAGAAAGACACACCCUAUUUUGCCUUACUGGCUUCGGAUAAGGACACUGAGAAAACCUUGGACGCCAAAAAGAAGACCAGCCUGGAGCUAUUAAAAGCAGAAGAAUUGUCUCAGCCUAAAGUGUUUCUUGUGUGUCCCACUGCUUUGGAAAAGCUGGAGUUUCUAAAGCUGUUAGAGGUGAUGCUAGGUGACCUUCCUGAGAUCAGGGCUCAUGCUCUUUUGUUGGCCCUGCCUACGUUUUCCAGCACCUUGGUGGCCCAGAAAAAAGAUGCUUUUCAAGCCCUCGGCUGGGCAGCAGCUUCACUCUCUGCUGGGGUUUCUACUAUUCCUGUGCCCCUGGUGUCUUCUGCGGUGGAUGCCAGCAUUGCAGUAAGGAUUCUAACAAAGGCCCAAAUCUCUCUUUGUCUGGAUGAUGAAUCAGUGGACAGGUUGGCACGACAAAGAGGCAAAGAUCCAGCCAAACUGAGGGAACUGCGAACCUGCCUUCUGUCUGUGGAAGUCUGCAAGAGCGAAGUGAAGAGGAGGCUUUCAGUGGCUGAGAAAGAAAACAGCACAUCCACCACAAAGCUGGUAGAGCUGGCGAUGCCACGCUACGCCAGAUCCGUCAGCCGCUCCUUCACAGUCAUGCUGCAGGCCAUCAACUCUGCCAUUGAUGACAUGAGUGCUGAUGCUAAUAAGAUCAUAGCAGUGGCAACUGGGGCUUCACAGUGACAAAAAGGGCAAUUUCUUACUUUUGGUGACAGAAUUGAUGCUGCAAUGCUGCAAAUGAGUAGAAGUAUGCAAAUGAGAUACAUCAAUGAGACACAAGCAGUCGUCAUUUCAUGCCUCGACUACUGCAAUGCCCUGCUAACUGGCCUCCUGGCCUGCGUAGUAAAACCACUCCAAAUGAUCCAGACUGCAGCAGCACGUCUGAUCUUCAACCAACCAAAACGGGCACAUGUCACCCCGCUGCUCAUUGAGCUCCAUUGGCUACCAGUUGAUGCUCGCAUCAAAUUCAAAACUCACAAUCGCCUACAAGGUGAUGACAGAACAGGCUCCUUCCUACCUGCACUCACUCCUGAAGGCUUACGCUACCUCCCGGCCGCUGCGCUCCUCCACUGAACGUCGCCUCGCUUUCAUUAUGAUAGUUACUGACAAAAUAAAGAACCAAACAUUAAGAACAAUAUGUUUUUUUUCACCAGAGAUGAAAUGAGAAGGAUGAAGGAAUACCACUCCUAAUCAUUCUUGCAAGCUUUUGAUUGUUAAUGCUUGUAUAACUAUAGUGUCAAUAAAAUGUAAAUGCUUAAGAAUGUAGGUUAAGUGCCGGGAAAACUUUGCUUGGGUAUUUUUGUUUAUUGGCUUUGAAUAAAGACAAUGUUUGACACUUUG